UUGGGGCGGCAAUUGUGGCAGACUUCGUAAGAAAGUUAUUAACUCUCUGAUCACAGUCAAACCACAGUUUUUAACCGGAGCUGUGAUCCUACUGACUUAUACAAUUGGAUCUACUACUCCUAAACCAAUUUUCAAGGAACUUUUCAUUCGGGACUUGACAGAGAAACCUCUAGAUCAACAAUAAUAUGGGAAAAGAAAAUACCUAUUUGGUCACCGUUUGGAUAAUUCUUGCAAAUAUCUGUGCAUCUUUUUCAAGUACACCAGAACAAACACUUUUUGGUAACAACAACUCUACUGAAUGGCUUGAGGACUUCACUGACAUUGUAUCCAAGUUCUCCCUGAGAACCGCUGAGGUACCAGAUGAUGACCUGUGCUACAUUGUUCCUGGCCAGCCCUUAACCAUCCCAGAGUGUGAAUUCAACCCUGAGACUCAGACGUUCAUGGUUAUUCAUGGAUGGACGGUCACAGGGCUAUUUGAGAGCUGGGUCCCUAAGCUGGUGACAGCGCUGUAUGAGAGGGAGCCCAAGGCCAACGUUAUCGUGGUGGACUGGCUGACCCGGGCCCAGCAGCACUACCCUACCUCCGCCGCUUACACCAAGCUGGUGGGCAGAGACGUAGCCAAGUUUGUCAACUGGCUGCAGAAAACACUGGACUACCCCUGGGAGAAGAUACAUCUGCUGGGAUACAGUCUGGGAGCUCAUGUAGCCGGCAUCGCCGGUUUCCUCACCAACCACAAAGUCAGCAGGAUCACAGGUUUGGACCCAGCCGGCCCGACCUUUGAGCACGCUGACAACCAGACCACCCUGUCCCCUGAUGAUGCUCUCUUCGUGGACGUCCUGCACACCAACACCCGGGGCUCCCCAGACCGCAGUAUCGGCAUCCAGAGACCGGUGGGCCAUGUGGACAUCUACCCCAACGGAGGAACCUUCCAGCCAGGCUGUGACCUGCAGAACACCAUGAUGAUGAUUGCCACCACAGGCAUCCAUAAUAUGGACCAGAUUGUGAAGUGUUCCCACGAGCGCUCCAUCCACCUGUUCAUCGACUCGCUGGUGAAUGCAGCAGAGCAUCAGACCAUGGCCUACCGCUGCAGCUCCAAGGAGGCCUUCAUGAAGGGAAUGUGUCUCAACUGCCGCAAGAACCGUUGCAACAAGGUGGGCUACGGCGUCAACAAGGUCCGCCUGCCCCGGAGCACCAAGAUGUACCUCAAGACCCGUGAGACGAUGCCCUUCAAACUUUUCCAUUACCAAGUGAAGGUGCAUUUCUUCAGCAGCGAGAAACUGGACUACACUGAGCAGCCCAUGAAAAUCUCUCUGUACGGAACCCAUGAUGAGAAGACAGACAUUCCCUACAUCAUGCCGUUCCUGAACACUAACAGCACCGUGUCCUUCCUGCUGACCACUGACGUGGACAUCGGGGAGCUGCUUAUGGUCAAGCUGCGUUGGGAGAAAGACGCUUACUUCAGCUGGUCUGACUGGUGGGGUAACAGCAACUUCCACAUCCGCAAAAUGCGUGUCAAGGCCGGGGAGACUCAGUCCAAGGUGAUCUUCAGCGCUAAAGAUGGAGAGUUUGCCUACCUCGUCAGAGGAAAAGACGACGCAGUCUUUGUCAAAUCAAAAGAGGACAACAUGAGCCGGAAAGAGAAAACGAUGCACAGGCUCAAGAUGCAGGGAAGCCUCUUCAAGAAGAACACUGCAUGAAGCAGCACUUGAAUACAGUCUGCACUGCACCCCACAGCCAAAGCUGGAUGAAGCCAGGGAGAACGUGCUGGAGAGAAGAUAAGAGAUGUUAGUCUCUGACAUGUACCGUUUUCUGCCUUCCAUUCUGUCAUGUCAUCUCCAUCCCCAAGCACAAUCUAUAUCACUAUAUCCACUGUGCUGGGAGUCAGUUUAUGGGCUUUUUCUUCUAUUAACCGUCAUCAUGGAGAGUGUUACAAACGUCAUUCUAAAAUCAGCUUUUUCAUGGUUUUGACUUUGUCUAACGUUGCUACAUUAUCUUUGUAAUCCUUCAUCUGUGUCCAUGUAUACAAAUCACAUCAAUGUAUUUCUAACCCUAUACUGGGUAGUUCCGAUUCAAACUUUUGAUUCAAAGAGAUUAACAUAGCUUCUGCUUUUAAGAAAGCUUUUUGACACAUUCGGUAUGCACACUAUAAUAGUCAUGUCACUAAUGCCAUCGUGCCUAAACAACUAACUGCCACCACCACAGAGACCAAAGAUGGUGACACUGUCUACUGAGUUGAAUAUUACAGUGAUCUGUGUACAUGGCUUUUCAAUCAGUGUUAUACAGUAUAUAUAUGAGUUGUUGUAGAUUAAUUCCCUGCCUGUUCUUUGUGUGCAUUUGGUUAUUGUGUUUGGCAGGGGUCACUUUAAGGGCGUUAAACCACGUCAGUCAAUUUGAUCAUUCAACAACUAGUCAAACUGGAUUGUUGUGUUUAGAUUAAUAUUUAAUUGGCCACUUGACUUGAGAAGAUAGAGGUCACAAGCAGAAGUUAGCAUUUCCUGAAAACUUUUAUAACUUCCUUUAUAGGACAAAAAUGAUGUGGAAACAAUUACCUUAACCCUAUUGGUCAAUCAUGCCCUUUUGAAAGGUCAAACAAAAUGCUACACUAAAUACAGAACAUAUCUGUGAGCCUUUGCAAACAUUGGUGGACAGCCCUACAUAAUAGCCAUAAUGCAUCCCAAUAAUGUUUCAUAUUCUAUUUAUUGAAUGUACCUGUAUAUAUUUGUAUAUUAAGCUGUAAUAUAUUUGGGCAAGUUUCCAUUGCUGUCUUUGUUUUUAUAGAUUAAUCUUUGUGAUUUUACACGUGUGGCUUUGGACAGACUGAUCAAAUUGGUCUCCAUGCCAGCUGAUGAGUACAUUUACUUUUAUGAACUGAAAUGCAGUGCACUGUAUGAAGGAAAAUCAUGAUACUUUAAUAAAGUGAGUACAUUAUA